AUGAGCGCCCUCCCGCGCCGCAUCGUCAAGGAGACGCAGCGGCUGACCCAGGAGCCCGGCGCGGCGGCGGCGUCCCUCCGCGCGCGCGCGCGGCCGGCCGCCCACCCCCGCGCCCGCGCAGUGCCCGGCAUCUCGGCGACGCCCUACGAGGACAACCUGCGCUACUUCAACGUGCUGAUCAGCGGCCCGACGGAGUCGCCGUACGACGGCGCGCUCGAGCUUUUCUUGCCGGAGGACUACCCCAUGGCGCCCCCGAAGGUGCGGUUCCUGACGAAGAUCUUCCAUCCGAACGUCGACAAAUUGGGACGCAUCUGCCUCGACAUCCUCAAGGACAAGUGGUCCCCGGCGCUCCAGAUCCGCACGGUCCUCCUCUCCAUCCAGGCGCUCCUCUCCGCGCCGAACCCGGACGACCCCCUCGACAACAACGUCGCGGAGCUCUGGAAGAAAAACGAACCGGAGGCGCUCAAG